AGAUUAUAUGGAGCUGCGGGAGCUGCCGCCUGGGGGAAGAGAGGUGCAGGUUCUGCUAGAUUUGUGCGGUUCUUCUCCCGGGCUCUGCUUGGCUUCCUUCCCCAAGGCGGCUGGGAGUCGGUAUGAGGUGAGGGUGGGUGGGUGGCCGGCCAGCCUGCCUGUUGACGGCAACUCCAGGGCUCGUUUCGCGCUGCCUUGCCAGCAUUACCCAUCCUCAGCAGAAACUGGCAGCGGCAGCCACAGCUCAGGCAGGCAGCUCCAGCCCCGGGCUGGGCUUGCAGAAUCUGUCCUUUGCCUUCAAGCCCGGCUUUCAGCUGGGAGAGGGGGAAGAAGGGACAGCAGCAGCAGUUCUUCUGGCUCUUUCUCUGUCUCUGUCUUUCUCUUUCUGUGUUCAAGUCACAUUACAUGGGAUUCUGUUCUUUUGGGACUUCGUCAUCUUUUCCAACAUGUCCUGGGACCUCCGGAUCUGUAACGGGGAUGCUAAGGACACGGUCAGUGGAUUAUCGUGACUGUACUAAUGAAAGGAUUCAAGCUCUCCUGCACUGCCAGUAACUCAAACCGCAGCACACCGGCCUGCUCACCCAUCCUCCGGAAGCGGUCUCGCUCGCCAACCCCGCAGAACCAGGACGGAGACACCAUGGUGGAGAAGGGCUCAGAUCACUCCUCGGACAAAUCCCCGUCCACACCAGAGCAGGGUGUGCAGCGCAGCUGCUCCUCCCAGUCCGGCCGGAGUGGCGGCAAAAAUUCCAAGUCUCACAAGCGCCUCUCAAAAAAAAGCCAGAGUUGGUAUAAUGUAUUAAGCCCCACUUACAAGCAGAGAAAUGAAGACUUCAGAAAGCUCUUUAAGCAACUUCCAGACACGGAGCGCCUCAUCGUUGAUUACUCAUGUGCACUCCAAAGAGACAUUCUUCUUCAGGGCCGACUCUACCUCUCUGAAAAUUGGAUCUGCUUCUAUAGCAACAUCUUCCGCUGGGAAACUCUGCUGACAGUCCGUUUGAAAGACAUCUGCUCCAUGACUAAAGAAAAAACAGCUCGCCUCAUUCCCAAUGCCAUCCAAGUUUGCACUGAUUCAGAAAAGCACUUCUUCACUUCGUUUGGGGCCCGGGAUAGGACGUACAUGAUGAUGUUCCGGCUCUGGCAGAACGCUCUCCUGGAAAAGCCUCUGUGCCCCAAGGAGCUCUGGCACUUUGUUCACCAGUGCUACGGGAACGAGUUGGGCCUCACCAGUGAUGACGAGGACUACGUACCUCCCGAUGACGACUUCAACACGAUGGGCUACUGCGAGGAGAUCCCUGUUGAAGAGAAUGAAGUGAAUGACAGCUCAUCCAAGAGCAGCAUAGAGACCAAGCCGGAUGCCAGUCCACAGCUGCCCAAGAAAUCCAUCACCAACAGCACACUGACAUCCACAGGGAGCAGCGAAGCCCCUGUCUCGUUCGACGGGCUGCCCCUGGAGGAGGAGGUGCUUGAGGGAGACGGGUCCCUGGAGAAGGAGCUUGCCAUCGACAACAUCAUAGGGGAGAAGAUUGAGAUCAUCGCUCCCGUGAACUCCCCUUCACUGGACUUCAACGACAAUGAGGACAUCCCCACGGAGCUCAGCGACUCCUCUGACACCCACGACGAAGGGGAAGUCCAGGCCUUCUAUGAGGACCUGAGCGGUCGGCAGUACGUGAAUGAAGUCUUCAACUUCAGCGUGGACAAGCUCUACGACCUCCUUUUCACCAACUCGCCCUUCCAGCGGGACUUCAUGGAGCAGAGGCGCUUCUCUGAUAUCAUCUUCCAUCCAUGGAAGAAGGAAGAGAAUGGAAACCAGAGCCGAGUGAUCCUCUACACCAUCACCCUCACCAACCCGCUGGCUCCCAAAACCGCCACUGUCAGGGAGACACAGACCAUGUACAAGGCGAGCCAGGAGAGCGAGUGCUACGUGAUCGACGCCGAGGUCCUCACCCACGACGUGCCCUACCACGACUACUUCUACACCAUCAACCGCUACACACUCACCCGCGUGGCUCGGAACAAGAGCCGGCUCAGGGUCUCCACAGAGCUGCGCUAUCGUAAACAGCCCUGGGGGUUGGUGAAAACCUUCAUCGAGAAGAACUUCUGGAGCGGGCUGGAGGACUACUUCCGCCAUCUAGAGAGCGAGCUGGCCAAAACGGAGAGCACCUACCUGGCUGAGAUGCACAGACAGUCUCCCAAAGAGAAGGCCAGCAAGCCCCCAACAGUGCGGAGGAGGAAGCGUCCCCAUGCCCACCUGAGGGUCCCUCACCUGGAAGAGGUGAUGAGCCCUGUCACCACACCCACUGAUGAAGAUGUGGGCCACAGGAUCAAGCAUGUGGCAGGUUCCACGCAGACACGGCACAUCCCCGAGGAUGCCCCCAACGGUUUCCACCUGCAGAGCGUGUCCAAGCUGCUGCUGGUUAUCAGCUGUGUGAUCUGUUUCAGUCUGGUGCUGCUGGUCAUCCUUAACAUGAUGCUCUUCUACAAACUCUGGAUGUUGGAAUACACCACGCAGACCCUCACUGCCUGGCAGGGUCUCAGGCUCCAAGAAAGGUUACCCCAGUCUCAGACAGAAUGGGCCCAGCUCUUAGAGUCCCAACAAAAGUACCACGAUACUGAGCUCCAAAAAUGGAGGGAGAUCAUCAAAUCCUCCGUGAUGCUCCUUGACCAGAUGAAAGACUCACUCAUCAACCUUCAGAACGGCAUCAGGUCCCGUGACUACACGUCCGAAAGCGAGGAGAAGAGGAACCGCUAUCAUUGACAAGGCAGGAGCAGGGGUGGCUGCAAGAGGCCUGUGCAAUACAUGUACAUAGACCAUAUAAAUAUAUAUAUAAAUAUAUAUAUACAGAAUAUAAAUAUAUAUAUAUUAUAUACAGAUUUU